UGCAGGCGAAGGCGAAGCAGUUUUUGGCUGCCCGGGCGCUGUAUGUGGUGAGCAUCAUCCAGCAGUACUCCGGCUGCGCCUUUGUCAUUCAGAGGUACUGGCGUGGGUACCGCGAUCGGCGACGCUACCAAGCACUCGUUCCCGGCAUGCGACUACUGCUUCUCCGAGUGAAGACAUUCUGGGCGCGCGCGGCGCCGUUCGCAACGAAGAUUCAGGCCCUGUACCGUGGGCACCGCGCUCGCCAAGCGUUUGCCACGGAAUUGGUGGCACUAGAGGAGAAGAGAUCGAAGAUCCGGAAACAUUUUUUUUACGAUCGGCGCGCGGCGAAGAUCCAGGCCGCGUUUCGUUCCUAUCUUGCGCGCAAAGGGUACAUGCGGCUGCGCGCAGCGGCGUUCGUGCUGCAGUGCCUGCUGCGCAUGCUGAUUUGGCGCCGGUGGUUCAAAAAAACGGGGUCCAGUACCAGUGUCGUGCAGCGCCACUGGCGCAAGUGGUGGCUAAAGCAAACGGAGCGGAUGGCAGAGGAAGGCAGCGCGUUUACGUUCCCCGCAGACGGUACGGCUGACGAAACGAAAGAUUUUGUCCCCGGCCCGCUGGCCGCCCCCAUGGACGAGAGCAAAAAUGCGGGCGGCAUUCUGAUCGGCAAGGUGCUGGCGCUCGGAUUUCAGGGCAAAGAGAGCAGUCGGCUCGCUGGCUUGCGCAGCGGACUGGACAAAGUGCACUUUUCGUCAGAAAGCAAUCUCAUUCUACCACAAGCGAUAGCGCUGGGGGAUAGACGUUCGCUGCUUCUGUGCGACUACAUCAGGGACAAGCCACGAAAUAAAGCCGAUGGGGUUCAACAAAAUACUUCUUCACAUAAAGAGAGAAGUUUCGUCACUGUCGCGCCGCAAUCGAAAAAUGAUAGCAGCAAGAACCCUAACUCAAACCCCAGCCCGACGACCCUGGACGAAGGGCCGACGUCGAUGGUCCUGCAAUUCGGCCCGAAAUCUAUUGAUUGGGAUCCGCUGCGGUUUAUCGGUUCUUUGCGCGGUGGAUCCCCGGUUGAGGUGUGUUGUGGCACCGACCACUGCGUCGUACGGCUGGACACGGGUGCGGUCUUCACUUGGGGCAGUAACUCCCACGGCCAGCUCGGCGUUGCAACCAAGUCCACCGUGAAGGAGCCCAUUCCGCUGGACAUUGCCUCCGCCUCCAGCAGCCGCUGCAUUUCCAUCGCCGCACACAGAGACGGAAGUGGCUUCGUCUUCGGUGACGGCGUUGCUUGUGUUCUUGGCGGCGCACCGCCGGAGCCCACAGCAUUGCCAGAAAAAAUGAACCUCGAGCUCGCCUGCAAACCUCGGUUCUUCCGUGGCGCGCAUCUUCCCGAAAUGCACCGCAUCUUUCUCGCCGGUGCGUUCGGUAUGCUGCUCUCCGUGUACGGGGACGUCUACACCUGGGGCUCGGCAACCCUAGGCCAGCUCGGCCUCGGGUUCCACGUGCGCGCGGCGGCGAGGCCGACGCAAAUACUGAAAGCGAACGGGUUUCACGCGGCGACAAUCACGGACGACACAAGAACAAUGCUCGCGAACAAGGAUUCUGCGAGUAUUUUCCCGCCCGUUCGGCACCUUUCGGUAUCUCCGACGCACGCGCUCGCAGUCAGCAGCGAGAACGAGCUGGGGAUUUGGGGCCAGGCUUUGGUGGCCGCCGACAUCGCGCGCCCACUGCGCAGGGGCAUUGGCGUGCCGGUCGCUAUCCACCACGAACUCUGGUCAGAGGCACUCUCAACGGCAAAGAUGGGACCAGGAAGUGGUCGUACGUUUGGGUCUACUGGGAACACCACGAACAACAAAAAUACAACGUCCCGUCGUGGAGGUCCGGGAGUCGUGGAGAAAAUUCUUGGAUGCUGCUGCGGGACGCAGGGCGGUGUGGUGUACACGAACAAUUAUGUGCUGUCGUUCCAGUAUGGCAGUGACCGGUUUGAAAUUUGCAAAGUGGAAAUGAUUACUUAAUUGAUUUGUACCUGCGUAAAAUCGAGUUCGAGUAGAAGGCACAUUUUUCUUGUUUUGCAAGGACUGCAAGAGAGAUGAGAGACCGACUGCCGGCUUGAUUAAGGUGGAGGUCUAGGUCAAGGAAAUGACGGCAGAAAUGCAUGACAGGAGCGUACGUCUUUGCGCUCAAGAACAGUAAGACGCAUCUUCGACUUUCUGCUUCUUCACUGUAGAUCAGGAUCACUCAUUUCCAUUUCGACGAUUUCCAAGCUGACGCUUCCAUAUCCGGAAAUUUCAAGCUGCGACGUUCUCCGCGGAGCAGCCGGACCGCACGCAUUUGGUGCCGCAGCUUUCCUACGUGACGGGCUUCCCGCAGGCCGCAACCGUCGAGGAGUUGUUUUUGACCUACAGUACGCAGGAGUGGAUGUGGGGCGCACGAAUGUCAAAGAAGCACCCUGCUGCACCGGAUCGGUUACGGGUAAUGGACGGUAGCCGUGCGAAAGGCAAAGGUCCUCGUGGGGGCGUUGUUAACAACUAUGCGUCCUCCAAAGGCGGCGCACGCGCAGGAGGACCCGGUACUGCAUCUGCGGCCGACACGCUUUUUGGUCACACCAGUAGGAGGGAAAACCGGUCGGACAAGAGUGGAGUGUCAGCCCUGCGGGGCGCGAUGCUGAUGUCCGACGACAUCGAGGUCACUGCUGGCCCUGUAGGUGCAACUCGAGUUGUGUCGAAAUCGAAAAACCCUAGGGCCCCUCCACCGAAAAUCAAAAAAUCCGAAACCCGCAGUGAGAGCAAGAACGCAGGCUUUACAAUGGCAUCGAAGUCUAGCGCGGCCCCUUCCGACGGUGCAUUCGGGGACUACAUGCUUUGAGCAACAUCAUCAUACUAUACUAGUUUUCGGCGGAAAACCGCAAUCGCGCAGCUUCAAACUAGAUUGACGUCAUGAUGGAAGCAAAAACAUCAGAGAAGUUCCAUCUGCCCGCCAGUAACAUCAUG